ACGUCACGAGCGAGACCCCGCCCCCGUUUCACCGCCAGUCUGCUCCCGGCCUGCGCUGACUCCUGCGCUACAUGUAUGGUCGGUUCGGCCGUGUGUCAGCGCUGCGGUGGCCCCGACUCUCCUCCCUUUGUUUCCCUCGGGUCAUUCCGUACCAGGCGGAGCCUGGGGUCACAGCCAGGAUUGAGCUGGUCCUCGCCGGGCCGGGGCCGCCAGUGAAUCCCACAGAGUACUGUGGCUCCGGCCCCGGACCUUCUUCCCUGCGAGUCCGGUAGCCCCAAUAGUCACCUCCCCCCCCCACCUCUCGCCGGAGAGGAGCUUUCUCUGUCGGACAAGGCACGGUAUGUCUGCCGCCUCCGCUGACAUGAUCGAGACUCCCCCCGUGCUGAACUUCGAGCAGAUCGACUACAAGGAGAUAGAGGUGGAAGAGGUUGUUGGACGAGGAACCUUUGGUGUUGUUUGUAAAGCAAAAUGGCGAGGAAAAGAUGUGGCUAUCAAGCAAAUCGAAAGCGAAUCAGAAAGGAAAGCUUUUAUAGUUGAGCUCCGGCAGUUGUCACGUGUGAACCAUCCAAAUAUUGUAAAAUUGUAUGGAGCAUGCCUAAAUCCAGUAUGUCUUGUUAUGGAAUAUGCAGAAGGAGGCUCAUUAUACAAUGUCCUGCAUGGUGCUGAGCCAUUGCCUUACUACACAGCUGCCCAUGCAAUGAGUUGGUGUUUACAAUGUGCCCAAGGAGUUGCAUAUCUGCACAGCAUGAAACCAAAGGCUCUAAUUCACAGGGACCUUAAGCCACCAAACUUGCUACUAGUGGCUGGAGGCACAGUUCUGAAGAUAUGUGACUUUGGUACAGCCUGUGAUAUCCAGACACACAUGACUAACAAUAAAGGGAGUGCUGCUUGGAUGGCGCCAGAGGUUUUUGAAGGUAGCAAUUACAGUGAGAAGUGUGAUGUGUUUAGUUGGGGUAUCAUCCUUUGGGAAGUAAUAACCAGGAGAAAACCGUUUGAUGAAAUCGGUGGUCCUGCUUUCCGGAUAAUGUGGGCCGUUCAUAAUGGUACUCGGCCACCGUUAAUUAAAAAUUUACCUAAGCCCAUUGAAAGUUUAAUGACUCUGUGUUGGUCAAAAGAUCCCCCACAACGACCUUCCAUGGAGGAAAUAGUCAAGAUAAUGACACAUCUUAUGCAGUAUUUUCCUGGAGCUGAUGAGUCUUUACAAUAUCCUUGUCAGUACAUGGAUGAAGGACAAAGCAAUUCAGCAACAAGCACAGGAUCCUGCAUUGAUAUCACAUCCACAAACACAAGCAAUAAGAGUGACAUUAACCUUGAUCCUAGCGAUUUCCACGCACUUACAACUAAUGAUACAAUCAAAAGAGGGGAGUUCAAAUUACCACCACACUUGAAAAAUCAAUCAAAGCAGUCUGGGGAACCUGGCCGUUUGAGUUUGCCCCCCUCACGAGGCAGCAGCAUUGAAAGUCUGUCAGAUAUUCAAAGGAGACCACCUUCUAAUUUGGGUACAUCAGAUGACAAACGAAAGAGUGCUGACAUGUCUGAACUGGAACCAAGAUUAUCAGCAAGCACAGCCUAUAUCAAGCCUAAACGAGGCCACCGUAAAACUGCUUCAUUUGGCAACAUUCUGGAUGUCCCUGAGAUCAUCAUAACAGCAGGCAACGGGCAGCAGAGGCGCAGAUCUGUGCAAGACCUGACUAUUAUUGGAACAGAGUCCAGCCAGGAGAGCCGAAACAGCAGCAGAUCCUCUAGCCCAAGUGUGAGAAUGAUCACUACCUCGGGUCCAACCCCUGAUAAGCCACCACGUGGCCAUCCAUGGGGCACUGAUGAAUCCUCAGAUACCAAUGGAUCAGAUAACUCCAUACCUAUGGCAUACCUUACUCUGGAUCAUCAGUUACAGCCUCUAGCACCAUGUCCAAACUCCAAAGAAUCUAUGGCUGUCUUUGAGCAGCACUGCAAAAUGGCUCAGGAAUAUAUGAAAGUUCAGACAGAAAUUGCUUUAUUAUUACAACGAAAGCAAGAACUAAUAGCAGAAUUAGACCAGGAUGAAAAAGACCAGCAAAACACAUCUCGACUUGUACAAGAGCACAAAAAGCUUUUAGAUGAGAACAAAAGCCUAUCAACAUACUAUCAGCAAUGCAAAAAACAGUUGGAUGUCAUCAGAAGUCAACAGCAAAAACGUCAGGGUACCUCCUGAUUCUUAGAGACAUUGUUGCCACAACCUCUUGUUUUAGUGCAGUUAAUGACAUUUUCCAAAGUAUGUUUCAUUUGUAUGAGCAUGAAGAUGGACAUUAUUAAUUGAACCCGAACAUGAAGCUGCUGGAUUGAUACAGCCUUUAAGGGAGUACUGCAAAGUGUUUCUGAAUGCAUGCUUCGUGCCUAUGGGAAGUCCUGUAUUAUGUAUGAAUCGGUGUAUGUGUUGUGUUACAUUUUCUGGCUGAAAUUGGCAUCUAACACGCAAGCAAUAUUCUUCUUACCCUUGUAGUUUACUAAUGGUACAUUCAAAAGCCUGCUAGGAAGGUUGUUUAUUUUAUCAUUAUAAUGUAUAUCACCUUGUAUACUUGCAAUAAAUGGUACAUGAGUGGGUUAUUUA